CCUAACGUAAACUUCCCAGCAACAUGUCUCGAAGAUAUGAUUCCAGAACUACUAUAUUUUCUCCAGAAGGUCGCUUAUAUCAGGUUGAAUAUGCUAUGGAAGCAAUUGGACAUGCAGGCACCUGUCUGGGAAUUCUAGCAAAUAAUGGUGUAUUGCUUGCUGCAGAGAGGCGCAACAUCCACAAACUUCUUGAUGAAGUCUUCUUUUCGGAGAAGAUAUACAAGCUUAAUGAGGAUAUGGCUUGCAGUGUUGCAGGAAUAACUUCAGAUGCAAAUGUUCUAACAAAUGAACUGAGACUGAUUGCACAAAGGUAUUUGUUGCAAUAUCAAGAACCAAUUCCUUGUGAGCAGUUGGUAACAGCCUUGUGUGACAUUAAGCAAGCUUAUACACAGUUUGGAGGAAAACGUCCUUUUGGUGUUUCAUUGCUAUACAUUGGCUGGGAUAAGCAUUAUGGAUUUCAGCUUUAUCAGAGUGAUCCUAGUGGAAAUUAUGGAGGGUGGAAAGCCACAUGUAUUGGGAAUAACAGUGCAGCAGCAGUGUCAAUGUUAAAGCAAGACUACAAAGAAGGGGAAAUGACUUUGAAGUCUGCACUUGCUUUAGCCGUGAAGGUCCUAAACAAAACCAUGGAUGUUAGUAAACUCUCUGCAGAGAAAGUUGAAAUUGCAACAUUGACAAGAGAGAAUGGAAAGACAGUUAUAAGGGUUCUAAAGCAAAAAGAGGUGGAACAGUUGAUAAAACAGCAUGAGGAGGAAGAAGCAAAAGCUGAACGUGAAAAGAAGGAAAAGGAGCAAAAAGAAAAAGAUAAAUAGAAUAUGUAAUUGGUCAUUUUGUAGAUCACCUGGGACCUGUUUCAGUAACAGAUCAUUUGUCUUUCCAGUGUGUGGAUACCUGCAAAAACUGAUGCAGUGGAGGAGUUGGGCUUUUUCCUGUUUUUGUUUUGCAGAUGCUUACUGUCAUACAAAUCACCAUGUCCAUGAUUUGCCAUUUCUUACAUUGAAUUAUUUCAGUUCUGCAACUUCUCUUUAUUUCUUAUGCUUAUUUUUAUUACAAUAAAAUUUUAAAAGUUUAA